AUGAGCAAGCGCGUCAAGGUGCACCUCCAGCACCAGGAGUCCUUCGACAGCACGGCGCCCGUCGUGGCGACGUUCCGCAACGGCCCGCCGCCGCCGAACCAGCGCCAGGACCUGGCGUUUGAGGUGUUCGAGAACCCGACCAAGAAGCAGCGCCUGGUGGUGGCCAGCUCCGAGAAGGUGGCGUACCAGGGCGCCAACUUCGGCUACCUGGGCUCGAGCCACGACUUCGCCAGCUACGCCGUGGGCGUGUACGACCGCAACACCAAGGAGGUGCGGCUCUGCAAUGUGAACCAGAUCUACGUCAUGCAGCAGGCCAUCAAGAACGCGUCCGAGAACGUGGACGACAACCGCGGCGAGGACAAGAGCUUCAUGGAGCAGCGCCGCGACCUGGUCGAAGUCUUUGGUAGCAAGAAGAGCAAGCGCAUCCAGAAGAACCGCGAGGAGAACAUCGUGGACCUCGAGCACAUCAGCGGCGCCGCCUCCGUCACGCAGACGCUCCAGAAGAAGAUCUCGGCCGCCAAGAAGCAGCUCGAGGAGGAGCGCGCGCGCGACGGCACCUUCUCCAAGGAGGCGGCGGCCCUUGCGGCUACCCGCAACGAGCUGCUGCCGCCCUGCGACAUCGACGCUCCGACACCCGACCGCGUGUACGACCUGACCAAGUUCAUGAACAGCAGUGUCAUGGACUCGCUGACCAUCAUGGCCGAGGAGGUGAUCGAAGCGCUGCAGAGCACGAGUGUGGCCGAGUACGCGGCGAAGCAGAGUCUGGCGGCGCUGCCCACGCGGAUGAUGCUGUCGCUGGCUGCGCCGUACGACGUGAACAAAAUGUGCCUCGUGGUGUACUUGGCGUACUUGAUCGACUUUUACCACUCGCGCUUCCCGCUGCACAAGUCCGCUGCGGCCUUCAGCGAGGAGAAGGGCAUCCCGCUCGUGAUUGUGCGUCACUUCCUCAAGCUCUUCACGGAUAUCGGCGAGGGCACCAACGGCCACCCGACGUACUUCCAGGCCAAGGCCAAGAAGGACAAGCUCUGCCUGUUCCUUAUCGUUGUGGCGCUUACGCUCAACGGCUUCACGCUGGACCUCACAGAGGUCGCCGCCGACCUCAAGCGUACGCCCAUCCAGAUGCAGUCGUACGCCAUUCAGCUGGGCUGCGUCGUCGAGAAGGCCAAGGCGGAGACGGCCAUCUACGGCGGUGCCUCAUCAGUUGGGUCCAAGAAGAAUAUUCUGCGUGCGGUGCUAUCGGUGCCGCUGCACUUCCCCAAGCCGAAGCGUGGGGGUCCCGCUCGCCGGUAA